ACGGGGGAGGAGGAGGACGCAGAAAUAGAAAGCGACCAAGAGCGGUCGCCACGCCAGAUUCUCUCUCUCUCUCUCUCCCCCUUUUCUCAUCUUCCUCGAGACGCCCCGCCCCGCGCCCCGCGCCUCGAUCCUCGCCUCCUCCCCGCAUUCACUCCCCCGAAACCCUCGCUCUCUCCCCCAUCCGCCGCCGCGGCCGCAAACGACGGCGGCGGCGAGGUUCGUCGGCGGGGAUUGUGGGGGGGGGGGAGAAGACGACGAGGGUUUUUUUUUUAUUUUUUUUUUCUGAUUAUCCCCCUCGCGCGGGGGGUUUUGGGCGAUGGGGAGGAGGAGCAAGCAGAAGGUGGAGGAUAUGGCCGAGGAGCUCUGCUUCGUCUGCAAGGACGGCGGCGACAUCCGCGUUUGCGACUUCAAGAACUGCCUCAAGGGUUAUCAUCCACACUGUGUGGGGAAGGAGGAAAGCUUCCUUGAUUCUGCCGAACAGUUCAUUUGUGAAUUGCACAAAUGUGUUAGCUGCAAAAGGAAUUCAGAAUAUCAUUGUUUGUGUUGUCCAAGUUCCUCUGUAUGCGGUGAAUGCCUUGGAAAAGUUGAAUUUGCACAAUUUAGGAAGCAGAGCCAGACCAAAGGAUUAUGCAAUAACUGUUUAAAGUUGGCAUUGUUUGUUGAGAAGAACUCUGAAGCUAAUUCUGAUGGGGAAACAGUUGAAUUCAGAUAUACGGAGAACUAUCUUGUUCUGUUUAAAGACUACUGGGAAACUAUUAAAGACAAUGAAGGCUUGGCAUUGAUUGAUUUGCAGCAAGCCAAUAUUUGUCUUAGAACAAGCUUAAGCUGUAAACAAGGAAGGGAUUCAGAGAAACCCCCAGAUGAAGAUUACAGGGCAGAUAAGAAUUCAUUGAGUGUUAAUGAUGGCGCUGAACAACCAUUCCCGGUUGAUGUAAAGGUCCAACCAAGUGAAGCAAAAAUGUCACUGAAGAGAAAGAAGUCAAACAAGAAAACAUAUGUCGGUUGGGGUUCAAAAGAGCUAAUUGAAUUCCUGUCAUGUAUUGGCAAGGAUACAACUAAACCUCUUGAUGAAUUUAUACUUACUGGAGUUGUUAAGGAGUACAUCCAGCAGAAGAAUCUAUUCAAGGACAGGAAAAGAAAAUCUGUCAUUUGUGAUGAUAAGCUUCAUUCUUUGUUCAGGAAAAGAAAAGUGAAGUCAAAUAUGAUUCUUAACUUGCUGGAAAUACAUCUUGCGGCAAAUGCUGCUUCAGAGGAUGAUUUUCUCGAUGAUUCUGAGGAUGAUGAAGGCCGAAUUAUGAGAAAAAGGCCUUGUAAUACUUUAAAGGCGGCAGAGACUUCUGAGAGGGAUCCAAAGAGAAACAAGAAAUGCUUUGCAGCUCUUAAUCACAAUAACUUAAAGUUAAUUUAUUUGAGAAGAACUCUAAUUAUGAAUCUUAUGGGCCAAGACACAUUUGAACAGAAAGUUGUUGGAAGUUUGGUUAGAGUCAAGAAUGAUGACAAUCAUUAUAGUUAUCAGAUGCCUAAAAAACACUACCAGCUUGGCCUAGUAACAGGCAUUAGGAAAUCUCCACAAGAAUACAAGAUAAAGGACAAACGUACAGAUAUUCUUUUAUGUGUUUCCAAUCUGUGGGAUGACAUCAAGAUCUCCAUGUUGUCUGAAGAGGACAUAGAGGAGGACGAGUGUAAUGAUCUCCUUCUGUUGGCUAAAAAAGGACUCUUCAAAAGACCUACUGUUGCUGAUUUAGAAGAGAAAGCUGCAAGUAUACAUGUGGACAUCGUGAAUCAUUGGAUUGAUAGAGAACUUAUGAGACUGGAAAAGGAGAUCGAAAGAGCACAUGAGAAGGGUUGGCGCCAAGAAUUGCAUGAACUAUUUAAUAAAAAAAGACUUCUAAGCACACAAGACGAAAGACAACGUCGUCUUGCAGAGGUCCCAGAAGCUAUUCCAGAUACAGAAGAGAGUAAAAGGGAUGAAUUUGGAGUUGCUGCAAGCAACCAUCUUGAAGAAAACAAAGGUGCAACAGGGCAUGUACCUAAUUCUGUGAAAGUUCUAAUGGAGGAUUCACGAGGUGCAACAGGGCAUAUAGCUGAUUCUGUGAAAGUACUUAUGGAGGGUUUACCAGGAGGUGCAACAGCACGAGUAGCUGAUGUUUUCAAUGUUGAUAUGGCUAAAUCACAAGAUGCAUCAGGGCAAGUAACUGAUUACUUGGAGGUUGUUGAAGAGGAAACUCCAGAAGAUGCAUCAGGACAAGUAGCUGAUAUCUUGGACGUUGUUGAAGAGGAACCUCCAGAAGAUGCAUCAGGACAAGUAGCUGAUAUCUUGGAGCUUGUUGAAGAGGAAACUUCAGAAGAUGCAUCAGGACAAGUAGCUAGUAUCUUGGAGGUUGUUGAAGAGGAAACUCCAGAAGCACCUGGUAAAGACCUUUGUAAUGGUGGCAUUCCUGGGUCUGGACUACAAAACAAAAUGCACAAUGCUCAAGAUGGUGGCACGGCUCAAGGCAGCGAUAUGUGCAAUGGCGGAAAUACCUCAAGGCGUCUCAAUGAUCGCAAGAGUGUUAUCGUUAUCGACUCAGACAGCGAUGAAGACGAGGAUCCUCACCCAGAGCAACAUGAACCAGAACGUGCUGCUCCUCGGGCAGCCAUGGACGUGGUCAUGGCUCCCACUCAUGGUGCUCCGGUAGCCAUGAAUGGGACUAGUGCUCCCACUCUUCCUUGUGCUAAGAGAGGCAAGAACGGGACUACCGCGCCUAAAGGCCGUGUUCCGGCUAUCGCUGCACUUCACGCACUGCAAUCCAUGAAUGCGCCAGGUGAGCAUGAAUACAUAUGGAAUUACGCGGAUCCUCAGGGGAAAGUGCAAGGGCCAUUCACAAUGGAGCAUAUGCGGAACUGGCACCGGAAUCGUUUCUUCCCUCCGGACUUCAGGGUGUGGAGAUUAGGCCAGACACAGAAUGAUUCCGUCCUGCUAACAGAGGCCAUGGGCCUGAAAUUUUCUUCUUGACCUAAAUAGGCUUUUUUUUUUUCGUUCCUUGCGUUAUUCAACAGUGUAGCUGAACCUUAAGCAGGCAUCGCUGAAGCUUGAGUUGAUGUAAAUGUUUAGUUUUGGUCAUAGGCGGUUCAGUGGAGAUCUUUUUUUUUUCUUUAGUGAUGUUUUAGCAGAUUGCAAUGUCUAGCAAAAUUUGCUAAACAAGGCAAACAGAAAUGGACAGUCGGUUUAGUGAUGUUUAGCAUAUUCCAAUGUCAGACGCUCAGAGCCCCAUCAAACAAACAGCAAUGGAUAUACUCCAGUACAUAAGUUUUCACAGUUAUUUAUA